AUGGCGGAUGAACUCCCGUUAUGGUUCCCACCCAUGAGUAGCGACGAUUCAUCUGAUAGUAGCAUUCUUUUUUUUCAAAAUCUCAUCGAAGAAGCCGAACUUCAAGAUACCGGCACAUCUAACCGAAGGAGAUAUAUUGAACGUCAACGUGAGGAGGGGCAUGAGACACUCAUGGCGGAUUAUUUUGUCGAAGACCCGAAGUACAACGAAGAUAUCUUUCGGCAUAGGUUCCGUAUGUCGAAACGUUUGUUUCUAAAAAUUGUGUCCGAUGUGGAAGAGAACGACCCGUGGUUUGUAGAGGCCCCCGAUGCGCGAGGUAGGAAGGGCUUUACGCCCUUGCAAAAGGUGACAUCGGCUAUUAAACAGCUCGCAACUGGAAACACUCCAGACGAGAACGACGAGUACUUGCAUAUGGCCGAAAGAACUUCCCGCGAGUGCCUAGAAUAUUUUUGUGACACGGUUUGCAAAAUAUAUGGUCCAGAGUUCUUACGUAGACCGACAAGCCACGACAUGGCACUUUUAUACCAAGCUCAUGAGGAAAAACAUCACCUUCCAGGUAUGUUCGGUAGCCUUGAUUGCACCCAUUUCGUUUGGCGUUUUUGUCCGACAGAGAAAUUCAAGAGGCAACAUGAGGCGGCAAGAAAAGACGUCGAACGGGCUUUUGGUGUUUUGAAGGCGAAAUGGGGUGUAUUGAGUCGACCGAUGCGAGCAAGAUCGGUUAAAAAAAUUAGGAAUGUCGUGUACACGUGUAUUAUUUUACACAACAUGAUUUUGAAAGAUGAUGGAAAGGCGAUAGCACCGGUGCACAUUCGGGAUCCUCCGGUCGAGCCGGCUCUAGACGAUACGGUGCUGGGCGAGUUGAUGAAUGAAGACACCCAUUGGAGACUCAAACACGAUCUCAUAGAUCAUCUCGCAAGUCAAGAUUUACCCCAUCUUUUGGUCGAUUCCGACGAAGACUAG